AUGAAGCUCUUCUCAACUCUGUUUGGGGCCAGCGUGCUGGCCGCCGCCGCCAGCGGUUCGCCUACGAGCUUUGGCGAGUUGAUGACGCCCACGGCGCCCCUCAAGCGCGCCGCCCAGGCCAUCACGCAAGUCACCAACUUUGGCGCCAACACCUCGGGGACGAAAAUGUACAUUUAUGGGUACUAUAACGGCUCGCCAUACGCGCAACUCGCGGACCAGAAGGGCUUCAUCGUCAUCUAUCCCGAAAGCCCAUACAGCGGGACGUGCUGGGACGUGAGCAGCCGGGCGGCAUUGACGCACAACGGUGGUGGCGAUAGCAACAGCAUAGCGAACAUGGUCACGUACGCGCUGAAGCAGUACAAUGGGGAUGCGAGCAAGGUGUUCGUCACCGGCAGCUCGUCGGGCGCGAUGAUGACGAACGUAAUGGCGGCAACAUACCCAGAAUUGUUCGCCGCGGGCAUUCCUUAUUCUGGGACCCCAGCUGGAUGCUUCUACAGCCAGUCUGGCGGUGUCGACGCCUGGAACAGCUCUUGUGCAAGUGGUCAGAUCCAUAGCACUCCACAGGUCUGGGCAGGGAUGGUCAAAGACAUGUACCCGGGCUACACCGGCAGCUAUCCAAAGAUGCAGGUCUAUCAUGGCAGUGCCGAUACUACUCUUUACCCAUCCAACUAUAACGAGACAAUCAAGCAGUGGGCUGGAGUCUUUGGCUUCGACUAUACCAAGCCAGACACAACUGCUGCAAAUACGCCGCAGAGCGGCUACACCACCUAUGGUUGGGGCAGCCCGGUCAAGCUGCAGGGCAUCUACGCCAAUGGAGUUGGUCACACUGUCCCAAUUCGAGGCAGUGAUGACAUGAAAUUCUUCGGGCUGUAA